UCACGUCACCAAGAACGCCCGCUAAGCCCCCAGGCGUCCCGCGCACCCUCCGAAGUGACCACUGGCCCUCAGGGCACCGCCCCCAGCCCCGCCCCAGGCGUCCCCCGCUCCGCCGCUCGGCGACACUGCGGCAGGCGGCGGGCGCGUUGCCAUGGCGGCCGGGCGCGCGUAGCCGGCGGUGCCCAGCACGGCCGGGCGAGCGCAGAGGCGGCGGCCAGCUGGGGAGGGGACCUGCUAGGGAGAGAACACGGGGGGAGGGGACCUGGAGGGGUACGCGGACGCGGCCGGAGACCCAACCUGCCGCGCAGGCCCCUGCCAAGCGCGCACCAUGCAGGCCAUGGACCCGGCCGCCGCGGGCUUCUACGAGGAAGAUGUCAAGGACCUGGACUUCUACGACUUUGAGCCGCUGCCCACCCUGCCGGAAGACGAGGAGAACGUGUCCUUGGCUGACAUCCUCUCCCUGCGGGACAGUGGCCUCAGCGAGCAGGAGGCCUGGGCUGUAUGCCUGGAGUGCAGCCUGUCCAUGCGGAGCAUUGCCCACUCUGCCAUCUUCCAGACCCUGUGCAUCACACCCGACACUCUGGCCUUCAACACCAGCGGAAACGUGUGCUUCAUGGAGCAGCUCAGUGAUGACCCCGAGGGUGCCUUUGUCCCCCCAGAGUUUGACCUGACCGGGAACACCUUUGAGGCUCACAUCUACUCUCUGGGAGCCACACUGAAGGCUGCCCUCGAGUAUGUGGCAGAUCCUGAGCUGGAGCCCAAGCUAAGCCUGGACCUGGAGACACUGCUGGGCCAAAUGCAGGCAGAGGAUCCCAGAGACCGGCCAGAUCUGAAGAGCAUCAUAGCACUAUGUGAGGAGAAGAUGCAGCCCAUGUCCUCAUGCCGCCUAUGCCGGAGUCUCUCAGCCAUCGGGAGGAGGGUGCUAUCCAUCGAGUCCUUUGGAGCAUUUCAGGACGUCAGCGAGAACACCUGGAAGGGGAGAUCUGCUCCAAGAAGUGUGGGGCCCAAGAGACCCCCUGGAGACCUCUGCGCUGACCCAGAGGCCCUGUCCACUCCUGAGGGCCAGCCCCAGCCUCCUGCCCCCAGAGACCCAGAGCGGGAGGCCAGCCGGGGCCCCAGGCCCCCACCCACCAAACCACUGCUAUCAGCCCCCAUGAAAAAUGGUGAGAGCCCCAGCCGGGAGGGGCUGGCCAGCCUUGUUCUGGACACCACAUCCCUCCUUGGUGAGCCCGACAGAGACAUACUCAAGAGGAGCCGCCUGAGGAAGGUGCAGACGUUCCCCAGGUUGCUGUCUGAGGGCCCUGAGGCCAAUGCCUUUUGCCUAUCACUGACCAGCUCGAAAAAGCAGCUAACUAUAUCUGACUUCUUCCCCCCGGAUCCCAGGAAGUUCCUUCUGGAGGGGAAAAAUGGCCUCUCAAGCUUCAGGGCACAGUCCAAAAGCAGGCUGUGGCCUGAGCAGGAACCCAGACUCCAGCUAGAAGAGGCACUGGGAUCCAGCCACAGCACAGACAGAGAGCCAGGAGCCUCAGGACAGCCAGAUACUUCAUCCCCUGACCAGGGGCCUGCAGAGAACAGACCCUCGCCCCACCCUGUAGACCUUCAAGAUGCAGGCCACGAAACCCAGACUCCUGGAAACACCGAGGGGAUUCUGGAAGGAGGCGGGAAGCCAGGAAGCACUGCAUCGGAGCAGGCCUCAGUGUACUGUGUGGCCGCUGUGCUGUGGACAGCAGCCAAAUUCAGCGUCCCCCGUGACCAGAAGCUGGCCCUACCACGCAGGCUCAAGACUCUCCUCCUGGACAUGGCCAGGCGCUGCGCUCCAGAGCGGCCAUCUGUGGCUGAGGCCAUCAAGGUCUGUGGGAGCUACCUUCUCCAGCGGGGCAUGGAUAGCAGAAAGAUCCUAGCCCACCUGCGGGUGUCCACCUACAAGGUUCACCAGGAGGAAGAGACCAUCGGUCUCCAAAAUGCCUUCUCAGUGGUUGAACUGAAACCCCGCACAGCACCAGCUCCCAAGCCCAGCCCAGGCUUCCUGUCAGUCAGCAGUGACACCAAACUUGUAGCCAUGCCGGCGCCUGUGCGCAGUCCACCUUCCUGCUGCGAAGAAACCAGAGAGCUGCCUGCAGCCUUCACCUCUGAAGCCACUCACUUUAAGCCCAUCAUCCUUGCUCAAGACGCAGGUGUGCCCAGGGCCCAGGUUUCUUUGUCCUCAGGUUCAGCUGAGAAGCUCAAGGAGAAGAAUGAGCAGUUGGUGGGGGAGGAUGAAGGGAGCCAGGCAGCCCAGGACCUCUCUGAGGCCACAAACCUGAAGACCGUUAAUCAGCUGGCACCCAGUCCAGAGCUGCAGGGAGAAACCCUGGAACCUGUCAGGGAGUCAGUGCCACACAGCUUGGCCCAGGAGUGCUCCUGCCAACCAGGCCCCAAACCAGCCAACCCACAAGAAGGGGACACACCAGCGAUGCCCAGCCCCUCUGCCCCCACCCCACCCCAGAAGGUACUGACACUGCCUCCUGAGCAAGGGCCAGAUGGGCAAGCUCCACCUGGAGCCACUCUGCCUCCAAGGCCCACCUCAGCCAACCAAGGCCCCCGUCACCCGUGCAAGCCACCCAAGAACAAGGCUGCCGAGACUGAAGGCCCCCGGCCAGUGGCACGGGGCCCAACACUAGCUGCAGUGAGUCCAGACAGCCCUAGGAGCCCAGGCAAUCACCCUGAGAGGGCCUGGCCAGCAGACCGCAAGCUAUGUCCAUCCAGUGUGGAUACCUCAUCCCCGCCGAAGAAGACAACCUGUCCCUCCCUGCAGGAGGCCAUGCGCCUCAUCCAGGAGGAGUUUGCCUUUGAUGGCUACCUGGACAACGGGCUGGAGGCUCUGAUUAUGGGGGAAUAUAUUUACGCCUUGAAAGACCUCACCUUUGCCACUUUCUGUGGUGCCAUAUCUGAGAAGUUCUGUGACCUGUACUGGAAUGAACAGUUGCUACAAAACCUCUUCAAAGUGGUCAAUGGACCAUCCUCGCCCUCUGAGAGCACUUCUGAGGACACAGGGUCUCAGCUCCAGAGUUCGCCAGGCAGCUGUGCAACCUCCAGCAAAAGACCCUCAUUGCACGGACUGGGCAAAGAAAAAUCAGCUGCAGCCCGGGGCGGUGGAGGCCCCUGCUCACCCACCACGCUGUCAGACAUAGACUCAGACACACUCUCACAGGGAAACUUGGAGGUGGGAUUUCGGCCACAGAAGUCAAUAAAAGCAGCACGAGAGCAGCAGCCAGAAGCAGGUGUAGAUGGACAAGGCCCAAGCUUGGAGCCAGCUGCCAGGACCUCAGACACAGACCCUGUGACCCAGCUGGCCAGACCCAAUGAGGGCACCCAGGCAAUAUCUCUGGGCCCAGCUGAGUUUCAGAGCUGCAGCCCUGGCUGGUCCAGUGCCUUCUAUGAGGCUGACUGCUUUGGGGCUGACGUCUACAACUACGUGAGGGAUCUGGGGAGACAAAAGGCUGGUGGGCACCCAGAGCCUGAAGCCCAGAGCCCGGAGCUGGAGCAGCAGCUCAUGAUAGAGAAAAGAAACUACCGGAAGACCCUGAAGUUCUACCAGAAACUUUUACAGAAGGAAAAGCGCAACAAAGGCUCUGAGGUGAAGACCAUGUUGUCCAAGCUGAGAGGGCAGCUGGAGGAGAUGAAGUCCAAAGUGCAGUUCCUCAGCUUGGUCAAGAAGUACCUGCAGGUCAUGUACGCGGAACGUUGGGGCCUAGAGCCCUGCGCCCUGCCAGUGAUCGUGAACAUCGCGGCAGCCUCCUGUGACACACUAGACUUCAGUCCCCUGGAUGAGUCCUCCUCCCUCAUCUUCUACAAUGUCAACAAGCACCCGUGCGGGGGCCGACAGAAGAAGGCUCGCGUCCUACAGGCCGGCACACCACUGGGGCUCAUGGCCUACCUCUAUUCCAGUGACGCCUUCCUCGAGGGCUACGUCCAGCAGUUCCUGUACACCUUCCGCUACUUCUGCACACCGCACGACUUCCUGCACUUCCUCCUAGACCGUAUUAGCAGCACUCUGUCCAGGGCCCACCAGGACCCCACCUCGACCUUCACAAAGAUCUACAGGCGGAGCCUUUGCGUCCUGCAGGCCUGGGUGGAAGACUGCUACGCUGUGGACUUCACAAGGAAUGCAGGGCUGCUGGAGCGCCUUGAGGAUUUCAUCUCUUCCAAGAUUCUGCCCCUGGAUGGCUCUGCUGAGCAUCUGCUGGGCCUCCUGGAGGUGGGCACUGACCGGCGGGCUGAUGGCACCCCUAGGGGCACAGACCUGGAGGACCCUAAGGAGGCUGAGGAGGACACCAGACCUUUCAACGCCCUCUGCAAGAGGUUUUCAGAAGAUGGUAUCUCCCGAAAGAGCUUCCCCUGGAGGCUGCCCCGGGGCAAUGGGCUGGCACUGCCACACCACAAGGAACGCCAGUACACUAUCGCAUCUGCCCUGCCCAAGCCCUGCUUCUUCGAGGACUUCUACGGCCCCUAUGCCAAAGCCAGCGAGAAGGGGCCCUAUUUCCUGACUGAGUACAGCACGCACCAACUCUUCACUCAGCUGACACUGCUGCAGCAGGAAUUAUUUCAAAAGUGCCACCCUGUACACUUCCUAAACUCACGGGCCCUGGGUGUCAUGGACAAAAGCACAGCCAUUCCUAAAGCCAGCUCUUCUGAGUCUCUGUCUGCCAAAACCUGUAGCCUGUUUCUGCCCAAUUACAUCCAGGACAAGUACCUGUUACAGCUUUUAAGAAAUGCAGAUGAUGUCAGUACCUGGGUGGCUGCUGAAAUAGUGACCAGCCAUACCUCCAAGUUGCAGGUGAACUUGCUCUCUAAGUUUCUGCUGAUUGCAAAAUCUUGCUAUGAGCAGAGGAACUUUGCGACAGCCAUGCAAAUCCUGGGAGGAUUGGAGCACUUGGCCGUGAGGCAGUCCCCUGCUUGGAGAAUACUGCCUGCGAAGAUUGCAGAGGUCAUGGAGGAGCUCAAAGCUGUGGAGGUGUUCCUGAAGAGUGACAGCCUGUGUCUGAUGGAAGGACGGCGCUUCAGGGCCCAGCCUACUCUGCCUUCUGCCCGCCUCCUGGCCAUGCACAUCCAGCAGCUAGAGACUGGGGGCUUCACCAUGACCAAUGGAGCCCACAGAUGGAGCAAGCUCAGAAACAUAGCCAAGGUGGUAAGCCAGGUCCAUGCGUUCCAGGAGAACCCGUAUACGUUCAGCCCUGACCUCAAGCUGCAGGGGCACCUCAAGCAAAGGAUCGCACGUUUCAGUGGGGCCGACAUUUCCAUCUUAGCGGCAGACAACAGGGCCAACUUCCACCAGAUCCCAAGUGAGAAGCAUUCUCGGAAGAUCCAGGACAAACUACGGAGGAUGAAGGCCACAUUCCAGUAGCCAAGGAUGCAACUAAAUGUGGGAGUCCAGUGGGAACCAGACCUGCAGGAGGCAGCUGGGGAGCAAAGAGCCACUUCAGGGCCACCUGCUUGAGGCUGCUCCGCACCCAGAGCCCUGAGGAAUGUAGGUUUCCACCACCCCUUACUCCCCAGGUCAAGAGGUGGAGACUCAGAGGGACUCACGCAUGGCCGCUCCACGAGGAGGCCAAAGCCAGCUCCAACACAGACCCAGCACCCAGAACUGGCCUUUCCCAGGACAUGGGGCAGGGUGG